ACUCCUUGCCUACUACUACCACUUCACAACUCAUCACUCCCCCAAAAAUCAACCUCAUGCCCUUACAUCUUUAUAUACACUAUGAUAAUAUGCCCAUGAAUCUCACCAACCACACACAUUGCCAAUAACUACUAGACAUUAGCUGAGAUUAAUCACAUUCUAGAUCUUGACUAAUGACUAUAUAUAUAUUUCUCCACCAUUAGUGGCAAGAAAACAAUUUAGCUAGCUUAACCAAGCUGGCCAAGAUGAUCAAUGUGAUUAUAGUAACCUCACUACACCACAUGCAUGCAGCUAUAGCAAAUUAAGAGAGUGUAGGAGUGAAACUCUCCUCUUCUUCCUUGGAGUGUCCCAAUCAUUUCUUAUGCUCCUUGUGUGUGCCAUGUGCCUCCAUUCCUACCUAUAUAAUCCUCUCUCGCCAUUGUACUGCUCCCACCUAGCUUAGCUCGCCAGUGGCAUCGCCGGCGUGGCACACUAGCUAGAGCUAGAUCCAAUCGGCCGACGGCGAGCGAUGUCGUCGUCCGGCGGCGGCGGGGUGGCGGAGGAGGUGGCGAGGCUGUGGGGGGAGCUGCCGGUGCGGGUGGUCUGGGCGGCGGUGGCGGCGCAAUGGGCGGCGGCGGCGGCGGCGGCGAGGGCGGCGGUGGUGGUGCCCGCCGUGCGGGCGCUGGUCGCCGUGUCGCUCGCCAUGACGGUGAUGAUCCUCGCCGAGAAGCUGUUCGUCGCCGCCGUCUGCCUCGCCGUGCGCGCGUUCCGCCUCAGGCCCGACCGCCGCUACAAGUGGCUCCCCAUCGGCGCCGCCGCCGCCGCCGCCUCCAGCGAGGACGACGAGGAGUCCGGCCUUGUCGCCGCCGCCGCCGCGUUCCCCAUGGUGCUCGUCCAGAUCCCCAUGUUCAACGAGCGCGAGGUGUACAAGCUGUCGAUCGGGGCGGCGUGCUCGCUGGACUGGCCGUCCGACCGCGUCGUCAUACAGGUGCUCGACGACUCCACUGACCUCGUUGUAAAGGAUUUGGUGGAGAAGGAGUGCCAGAAAUGGCAGGGCAAAGGCGUGAACAUCAAGUACGAGGUCAGAGGGAACAGGAAGGGUUACAAAGCUGGCGCGCUCAAGGAAGGGUUGAAGCACGACUAUGUGAAAGAGUGCGAGUACAUUGCCAUGUUCGAUGCCGACUUCCAGCCCGAGUCUGAUUUCCUCCUUAGGACCGUUCCAUUCCUCGUGCACAACUCGGAGAUCGCCCUUGUUCAGACUCGCUGGAAAUUUGUUAACGCUAAUGAGUGCCUGUUGACAAGGUUCCAAGAAAUGUCGUUGGACUACCACUUUAAGUACGAACAAGAGGCUGGGUCUUCGGUGUACUCUUUUUUCGGCUUCAAUGGGACUGCUGGUGUCUGGAGAAUUGCAGCAAUUGACGAUGCUGGGGGCUGGAAGGACCGGACAACUGUGGAGGACAUGGACCUUGCGGUUCGUGCAACAUUGCAGGGAUGGAAAUUCGUAUAUGUUGGUGAUGUCAAAGUCAAGAGCGAGCUACCAAGCACAUUCAAGGCAUACCGGUUUCAGCAGCACAGAUGGUCAUGUGGACCAGCAAAUCUGUUCAAGAAAAUGAUGGUAGAGAUUUUAGAAAACAAGAAAGUGUCAUUUUGGAACAAAAUCCACCUUUGGUACGAUUUCUUCUUUGUUGGGAAGAUUGCUGCUCACACAGUGACAUUCAUCUACUACUGCUUUGUGAUCCCGGUGUCCGUUUGGUUGCCUGAAAUCGAAAUUCCUCUCUGGGGGGUUGUCUAUGUUCCUACAGUCAUCACCCUCUGCAAGGCUGUUGGAACACCCAGUUCAUUUCAUCUUGUGAUCCUCUGGGUCCUAUUCGAGAAUGUCAUGUCAUUGCACCGGAUAAAGGCGGCAGUAACUGGUAUUUUGGAGGCUGGCCGAGUCAAUGAGUGGGUUGUCACCGAGAAGUUGGGAGACGCCAACAAGACAAAGCCAGACACCAAUGGAUCAGAUGCUGUGAAAGUGAUUGAUGUGGAGCUAACAACGCCUCUAAUACCAAAGCUCAAGAAGAGACGAACGAGAUUCUGGGACAAGUACCACUAUUCAGAAAUUUUUGUUGGCAUCUGCAUAAUUCUGUCUGGUUUCUACGAUGUGCUUUAUGCAAAGAAGGGAUACUACAUAUUCCUCUUCAUUCAAGGCCUAGCUUUCCUCAUUGUCGGUUUUGAUUAUAUCGGCGUGUGCCCUCCUUGAGCAGAAUAAGGUAGUCAUUGAUGGAACUGACAUGCAGAAUUACGAGAAAUCAUGUGCAAAUGAAGCUGCUCUCCUGCACAUAUCAAGUUCGGAACAAAAUUCAACACGGAUCAUUCUUCUCGUCAGUCUUGGUCAGAUUUGAUCCAAUCAUUCUUUGCUGCCAAAAAGGGCGUGGAAAUAACACCGUCAUUCUUUCAACAAUCAUAGUAUUUACUGAAGCAUCAUGAUAAAAAGUAGUGCAAAAGCAUUCGAUUCAGAUCCUGUAAAGAAGCUGGAAUAACAGAGUUGUAAAUGAAAUAGCGUGCUCUGCCAAUUACUAUAGACUCCAAAUUAAUUAGCCUACCAAAAUUUGCCAAUGUACUGAUGUAGUUUAUUCAGGCUGCAAUACAUGGCCCUCAGUCUAUAAUCUGGUGUAGUAGGCUAAAACUUGUAAAUGAACAUUGUUUCUGAACUCGAAUAAUUCUGUCAAAAAGUUUAGACAGAUCUUGAAAUGAAUAAAGUACAGAAUGUAAGCAUUGCCUCUGAA